AUGGCUCUUCUUCUUGCGGAUUCUGUUGACUACAUCAAUAUCGCAUGGGCCGAGCUGGUAAAGAAGCACUCUCCUCAACAAAUUGAACUCCUGGGAACCUUCUUCACGCAGAUCUCGGUGUUUUGGUCUCUAUCCCUGUUGUUUCUAUUACUAGAUUUAUUCGGCCCGUUGCAUGUUCAGCGAAACAAAAUACAAAGCUCCUCCCGGCAACCUGAUCGAAGACUUCUCUGGAAAGCCAUCCUCGUUGCAGCACUAAACCAGGCAUUCGCGACAACACUACAUCUCGGGCAGAUUUUCAUUGUCCGUCCACUGGUUCCCCAGCUUACCGGUUUACGGGUGGACCCAUGGCUGCCAUCGGCGGCUGAGAUAAUGCACGGCAUCCUUUGGUGCACACUGGGUCGCGAAGCUCUCUUCUACUAUGGCCACCGUGCCUUGCAUUGGCCCUGGCUCUACCGGCGUUUCCAUAAGCAGCACCAUCUGUUUACCACCCCCGUGGCUGUGGCUUCGCUGUAUUGUCACCCCGUUGAACAUGUUGUUUCCAAUAUAUUACCUGUCGCCAUUCCCGCACACUUGCUGAGGAUUCAUGUCGUGACAUUCUGGCUGUUCGCUUGCGGGGUUAGCGCCCAAGCGUCCUGGGCGCACUGUGGGUAUCGCUUCUUCGACUUCAGCUUCAUGGGUUGGAAACCAGAGAUUCAUGACUUACAUCACGAGAAGCUCAAUGUCAACUAUGGACUGAUAGGUAUAUUGGACGCAAUCCAUGGAACAAGAGCCACUCGGCGGCGGUAUGUAUCUACGGGGACUUCAGAAAGGGUCAAGAUCUGUUAG